AUGCCUCUCGAGCUCUCCAUAGUCCCGCGGGCGCAUUGGCUCAGUCGCGUGCGCUCCUGUCUGCGCCUGCUCAUCAUCGUCCUCAGCGGCUCCGUCGUCUGCAUGCUGGUGCACACGCUCCAGAUCUACCGCGGGAACAGAUACCUGGACCUUCGCCACGGGGAGCUCCCGGUGACAUGGCCCGCACACACCAACCUCGCGCCCACCAUCGUGCUGCUGGCCAUCGCCGCCGCAAACUUCCUCGCUUCGGUCGCAAUCAUCUCGCUCUCGCUGAAGCGCUCGUUUCGCCGCCCCAUCCGCUCGCGUGACAUGUACCGCAUCAUCGCAGGGAGCUUCGGCGUCGUCCUGUGGGCCACGGCCCUGAUCGUCUUCCACCUGCUCGACAAGGCCAGCAAAGCCAGCCUGGGCCGCUACUCGUGCAAGCACCAGAACGUCGUGAGCAACGGGCGCUACCAGUACCGCGCCGUCUGCGAAGAGCAAGGCGUCGCCUUCUACCUCGCCGUAGGCGCCGCAUGCGCCGAGCUCCUCACCCUCCACACCCUCGCCAUCUCCGCCAUUCUCUCCGCUAAAAACCAACCCCCACCCCCUACCAUACAAAUCCACGACACAAAGAAGAUGCCCACCCCUAUCUACGCCGCGAAACCAAAGAAACCCCGAUCCCCUUAA